AUGCUGAAUGGAAUUUUUAGGGCAGUUGACGAAUGGUUCAAGGGAUUACAUCAGCAUCAAAACCUGCAAAGUUUGCACCAGAUAUUCUACUCACUCCAGCCCUGGAUAAGGUUCAACCGUAGCAGUCCUCCGGUGCCUAGCUGCCAUGCCACCCGAAGGAAGCAUGGGGGCUGGGAUACUGCCAGUUUGCCCAAGCCUAGAGGGGAAGUCCAGAGGCAGAGGCCGGGUUCGAACCACGGAUCUUCGGGUCGCAUUGAACUAAUAUUCAGCACCGAUAUUUCGCCGCCCUUCAACCAUGAUUUAUUUGAAAUACUUAUUGUGAAGAAUGAAGGGAAUGAAGGGGGAAGGGGCGCUAGCUUACCUUACUGCAAUCACUUCAAGGUGCCUACGCCGCAAGACACUCAUUCAGGCAAUCUGGACAACAAGAGCCUCACUAGCAUUGAUUAUUGGCUAUGUAUUGCGGCGUUUUCAACCAGGCGCAGUGGGGAGCGUGCAGUCUCUAAAUUGGAAGACGAAUAG